AUUUGCAUUUGUCCCUUAAAAAUUAAGAACAUAUCGUAGAAUAAGUUGUAUGAAUUAUUGAAUUGUAUUGUGAAUUGAUAUGAAUUGUCUAGCGUAUAAGAGAUCCUUUUUUGCCAUCCGUACUAGAUUGUAAGACUAUUGUGAAUUGUUAGUUAUAAGCCUUUUAGUACUGCAGCUCACUUGCCCUUUCUGUAAUUUUUAAAACUUCACUUCUUACACAACCGCAGCAAGGUGAGCAUCCACACUUUUUUCUCCUCUCCUAAUAACACCCUUACCUUUGUAAUCUCGCAACCGAAACACUUACCAUCUUUUUAUUUCCACUUGUCUCUUUUGGGUUUAUCUCCUCUUUUUCUAACUUAUUAUUCCUCUGUGCGUGAGGAAUAAUAAGCUUAGUAAACCGCCUAAAUUACAGUCCACUCAUCAUCAGCCAUCGAGGGAAUUCCGAUUGUGACGUCAUCUCUCUCGAUCACUCACCCCCGCUCCGUCUACAUUGGAAUCCCAGUCGUGUUCAUGGUCCUUCGAAGCCGUCCACUGAGACAACCAGAGACAACCAUCGAUUGAGGUCAAAAUGAGUGCCCAAAACCUCUACAAGUGCAUGUUGUGCAAAAAACGCCAUGCCCUCAGAUACUGCCCAAUUUUCAUCCAGAUGACGGUGGAGGACAGGAGGGUAGUAGUUCGACAGCACAACUACUGCCGAAAUUGUCUGGCGAAAAGCCACACAAUUGAUGACUGCCAGUCGGCAGAUACUUGUCGAAAAUGUGGGUUUCGGCAUCACACCAUGCUGCACCCACGAAAACUCACCUUCAACUCCAGCAGCUCUACCAUCACCACCAAAUCGACCUCAUCAAGACAACAACCCCAAAAGAAACCACCAACUUUAGCACGGCCUCGACGACAACAAUCAACAUCAACUCCGGCCCAACGCAAACAACCAGCUAAAUCACGCCUUGGCCAACGUCAACACACAGCCUCAGCUGGUCAACAACAGCGACAACCCAAAAAACGCUACAGGUCUCAGAGUCAAAGAGGCCGCCUGCCACCAAAGCCAAGACCUCAGCAAAAGCCAAGACCUCAACAGAAGCCAAAGCCACAGAAAGCCAAAAAAGAACGCUCAGCAGCCCCUCAACCGAAUUACUUGAUACUGUCAGAGGCUAUAAAGUCCUUGGCGACCGUACUUUGCGCUUCCUCAUCAAAUUUUGCGUAACCGCAAGGCCGGCGCCAUGGACAAAUUUGCAUUUGUCCCUUAAAAAUUAAGAACAUAUCGUAGAAUAAGUUGUAUGAAUUAUUGAAUUGUAUUGUGAAUUGAUAUGAAUUGUCUAGCGUAUAAGAGAUCCUUUUUUGCCAUCCGUACUAGAUUGUAAGACUAUUGUGAAUUGUUAGUUAUAAGCCUUUUAGUACUGCAGCUCACUUGCCCUUUCUGUAAUUUUUAAAACUUCACUUCUUACACAACCGCAGCAAGGUGAGCAUCCACACUUUUUUCUCCUCUCCUAAUAACACCCUUACCUUUGUAAUCUCGCAACCGAAACACUUACCAUCUUUUUAUUUCCACUUGUCUCUUUUGGGUUUAUCUCCUCUUUUUCUAACUUAUUAUUCCUCUGUGCGUGAGGAAUAAUAAGCUUAGUAAACCGCCUAAAUUACAGUCCACUCAUCAUCAGCCAUCGAGGGAAUUCCGAUUGUGACGUCAUCUCUCUCGAUCACUCACCCCCGCUCCGUCUACAUUGGAAUCCCAGUCGUGUUCA